CAGCAAAGUGUCUGAUCACCUGGUGUCACAGCUCUUACACAGUGGACCACCAGCACCAAUGGAGGACCUUACAGCCUAUAGCCUGGACUCCUGUCUGGAUGGAUAUGGUCCCCUCAUGCAAAUAACCCACCAGCCUUGUCUCCAACCUUCCAUGGGAUCUGCUAGCUUCUCUAUGACCCGCUGCCUUCCCCAAAACCCCAUGAGGACCUACUGCCCCGGGGCUUAUACUAAUUCUGGAGAUCUACCAAGCUACCCUGAUACCAUGACCAACACAGACUGGCUCGGAGGUUCCCAGGACAUGCGCUACCCACCCUUUUCCAGAAUCAUUUCUCCUUCUGGAUUUAAUGUGUCUGCAGCUGGAUGUCUGGCGUAUCUCGGAGAAGGAACCAAAACCUCGUUAUACAUCCAGCAUACGUCCAAGAGGAAGAGAAGAGUGCUCUUCUCCCAGGCCCAAGUGUACGAGCUGGAAAAGAGAUUUGAGCACCAGAAAUACCUCACUGCCCCAGAGAGAGAGCAGUUGGCUAAACUCAUCCACCUCACGCCCAACCAGGUGAAGAUUUGGUUCCAGAACCAUCGAUAUAAAAUGAAGAGGCAGGCUCGGAAGCAGGACAUUUUAGGAGACGAAGACUCCACUCCUUACAGUGUGGAGUCUGAUGGGGGCAAGGGCCCCUGUGCGAGUCCCUGUACGUCUAUCGAGGAGUAUGCACCAGGUGAGAUCAAGCUGGAAUACAAGGGAUCCAUCCAAGACCAGCAGAUCAAUACGCAAGCCCUACUUUUGGGACAGGACAUGCUCACUUCAGCUUUAGACCACCAGGCGUUUGAGAAGGCAAGCAGAAAUCUGGUAGCGUGGUGAUUGUCCUUUAUAAAUUCAUAGAUUUAAUGUCAGAUUCUAUUGGACUCUAAAAGAGAACAAUUUCCUGUAACGGCUGUGCAAAGCAUAAAACCAGGCAUAAUUCUAUGGGUUUUCAUGGAUUAAAAUAGCUUUCUUUCUCCAUGGGCUCCUUUGGAAUAACAAGAUAAUGGGCACUUGAAUUCCUGUCGCACAGGAGUGGUUACAGAGCCGAGUGCUUUCUAAGAGAAAUGCCCCAUUGUUUAUCUGUCUGCAGACGAUCCUCGUUAUGCAUUAAAAUAGUUUAGGCAAAUACUCCUUGAUGUAGAAAUUACAAAAUUAACACACAUAAAGGGGUCUCUUUAUUAAACACUGAAUCGUAACGAGAACGUUGAGCAAUUUAGUAUGUCCAAAUCAGCAUUUCUUGCCUUUGAUUCCGCAAUUCAGUUAUGAAUCCAGCACAAUUCAGAGUUUAUUGAAUAAACAUCAAAGUGGCAGUGCAGAGCUUGCAGACCAUCCUGACAUUUCUCGUUGAUCGGAAAAAACGCACUGAACAAUCACUCUCAGUCAGCCAAGAUCAAUUUCCAGUUUUUGAACUUUGCAAAUUGCUUGUCAACUUCUAGCCGUUCAUAGAAUAAAUGACAACAUUUAUUUUUAUUGAGAAAGCAAACUAUGGCCAGCAAUAAUUGAAAGAUUUUUUUUUAUUUGAAUAUAGCUUAAUUCAUCGCGUUAUUUUUGUAAACUUUAACUUCUUUUUUCACAAUAAGAUAACAAACAGUUUUUUACAAGUGACAAGUAUAUU